UCAUAAAGGCCCAGCUGAUUAAGUUAAGAUCCCAUUCUAAAAAGACGACGCCACUCUAACUCACUUUCAGUUCUCUCUCACUCACCAUGUAUAGAGUUCUCGCCUCCAGAGCUCCCCGGAAGCCUUACAGUUGGUUCUCUUCUUUCAAUCUCUCUAGAUCUGCUCAUUCUUUGCCUUUUACUACUGUCGAAGCUGAAGAAAUAUCCGCUUCUCAACCUGCUGAAGUAUACAACUUGGUGCAGGGGAAAUGGACAGGAUCAUCAAGUUGGAAUACAAUUGUAGAUCCGUUAAAUGGAGAACCAUUCAUUAAGAUUGCUGAUGUAUCUGAAAAGGAAAUCCAGCCAUUUGUAGAGAGCUUGUCCAAGUGCCCUAAACAUGGUCUACAUAAUCCCUUUAAAGCACCAGAGAGGUAUCUGUUAUAUGGAGACAUAUCUGCCAAGGCGGCCCACAUGCUUGGUCUGCCAAAGGUCACUGAUUUCUUUGCUAGGUUAAUACAAAGGGUUUCUCCUAAGAGUUAUCAGCAGGCUUUUGGUGAGGUUUAUGUUACACAGAAAUUCUUGGAGAAUUUCUCUGGUGAUCAGGUUCGUUUUCUGGCAAGGUCUUUUGCUGUACCUGGGAAUCAUCUUGGACAGCAGAGCCAUGGUUUUCGUUGGCCUUAUGGUCCUGUUGCAAUUGUUACUCCCUUUAAUUUUCCUCUAGAGAUUCCUGUACUUCAAUUGAUGGGUGCUCUCUUUAUGGGUAAUAAGCCCACUCUCAAGGUUGAUAGCAAGGUCAGCAUUGUUAUGGAGCAGAUGAUACGUUUACUUCAUCAGUGUGGGUUACCUGUGGAAGAUGUUGAUUUCAUAAAUUCUGAUGGGAAAGCGAUGAACAAGCUGCUGAUGGAGGCAAAUCCACGGAUGACCCUGUUUACUGGUAGCUCCAGAGUAGCUGAUAAACUGGCUGUUGACUUGAAGGGCCGCAUUAAAUUGGAAGAUGCAGGAUUUGACUGGAAAAUCUUGGGACCUGAUGUUCAGGAGGUCGAUUAUGUUGCAUGGGUUUGCGACCAAGAUGCAUAUGCAUGCAGUGGUCAGAAGUGUUCUGCACAAUCAAUACUAUUCAUGCAUGAGAACUGGUCCUCAACUUCACUUGUAUCCCAAAUGAAGAACCUUGCGGCGAGAAGGAAGUUGGAGGAUUUAACUGUUGGUCCAGUUCUUACUGUUACAACUGAAGCAAUGCUUGAUCACAUGAAUAAGUUGCUUCAGAUACCAGGUUCAAAGUUACUCUUUGGUGGUGAAGAGUUGAAGAACCAUUCCAUUCCUACUAUUUAUGGUGCUCUAAAACCAACGGCCAUCUAUGUUCCACUUGAAGAAAUUGUGAAAGACAACAACUAUGAGCUUGUAACAAGAGAAAUCUUCGGACCAUUUCAGGUUGUUACUGAAUAUAAGCAAGAUCAACUCCCAUUGGUGCUGAAUGCUCUGGAGAGAAUGCAUGCACAUUUAACAGCUGCAGUGGUUUCAAAUGAUCUACACUUUCUACAGGAAGUCAUUGGGCAAACAGUAAAUGGAACUACAUACGCUGGAUUAAGAGCACGAACAACUGGAGCUCCACAGAAUCACUGGUUUGGACCGUCCGGAGACCCAAGAGGCGCUGGAAUCGGGACCCCAGAAGCAAUAAAACUUGUUUGGUCAAGCCAUAGAGAAAUAAUAUAUGAUGUUGGUCCAGUCCCAAGCCAGUGGGCGAUUCCACCAUCUACCUGAGGAUUCACAUUGAUUAGUAGAGGAGAGAAAAGAAAUUUUUAUAUCAAUAAAUUACUUUUGAUAGCAGUCAGCAUAUGUAGUGUUCUUUCACUCCUUCCUCUUUGUUAGUUUCAUGAAUAAAACUAAGAAAUUUUUGUGACUUUUGAAGAUUAUGGAAUCAGGAUAUAUGUUACUCUAUUAGCUCACUAAGUUAUUUCCC